AGAUACAAAUACGCAAACGAACAAUAAAAGUAAAAAAGAAAAUGAAAUAAAAAACGAGAAAAUACAAGAGAAGAUAAGUGAAGAAAAGAUAAGAGAUAAGAACGAAGAAAAUAGAGAGAAAAAACACAUAAACAUAAACCCUAGUUCGAAAAUAUCGCGAUAAAUUGGAAAAAUCAGUGAAAUCUGCGAUUAUCUCUCUCACUCUGUUGUUUAAUUCGAUUCCAAGGAACUUACGUUUCUGCAUCUAAUCUAAUGGUUCGAGAAAAAGAUGUUUGUUGGGAAUAUGCAGAGAAAUUAGAUGGGAACAAGGUUAAAUGUAAAUUUUGCCAAAGAGUUUUAAAUGGUGGCAUUAGUAGAUUGAAGCAUCAUUUAUCUCGAUUUCCAAGUAAAGGGGUGAAUCCUUGUAGUAAGGUCCGGGAUGAUGUUACUGAUAGAGUAAGGAAUAUAAUUGCAUCGAAGGAAGAGGUUAAAGAAACUUCUAGUGUGAAGAAGCAAAAAGUAUCAGAAGUGAUAUCUCCCGGUAGUCAUUCGGCUACCAAAGCUCUUAUACCUUUGGAGACAGGAUCCCCAAUUGGGAAGAUGUUCCCUACGAGCAAUCCUAUGACUCCUUCCUCGAUAAACAACCAAGAGAAUGCAGAAAGAAGUAUCGCUCUAUUCUUUUUCGAGAAUAAGCUAGAUUUCAGUGUUGCGCGGUCUUCAUCCUAUCAGUUGAUGAUUGACGCCGUUGCAAAGUGUGGUCCUGGAUUUACAGGUCCAUCAGCUGAAAUUCUGAAAACAACAUGGUUAGAGAGGAUAAAAUCAGAAGUGGGGUUACAAUCGAAAGAUGUCGAGAAAGAGUGGGCUACUACUGGUUGCACUAUUAUUGCAGACACAUGGACUGAUUAUAAAUCAAAGGCUAUUAUUAAUUUCUUAGUCUCGUCACCAUCCAGAAUAUUUUUCCACAAAUCAGUGGAUGCGUCUGCAUAUUUCAGGAACACGAAAUGGCUAGCUGAUCUUUUUGAUUCUGUAAUUCAGGAGUUUGGCCCAGAAAAUGUGGUACAAAUUAUUAUGGAUAGCAGUUUUAACUACACCGGCGUUGGUAAUCAUAUUGUGCAGAACUACGGAACAAUAUUUGUAUCUCCUUGUGCCUCUCAAUGUUUGAACCUAAUAUUGGAGGAAUUCACCAAGGUUGAUUGGAUUAGUAGGUGCAUUUUACAAGCACAAACCAUAUCAAAGUUAAUAUACAAUAACGCUUCAUUGCUUGAUCUUAUGAAGAAGUACAACGGAGGCCAAGAACUUAUCAGGACCGGGGCCACAAAGUCUGUAUCCACCUUCCUGUCUUUGCAGUCUAUGUUGAAGCUAAGAACAAGAUUGAAGCAUAUGUUUCACAGCCCUGAAUAUGCCUCGAACACUUCUUAUGCAAAUAAAUCUCAGAGUCUUUCUUGUAUUGCAAUUGCUGAAGAUAAUGACUUCUGGGGAACAGUGGAAGAGUGUGUGGCUAUCUCCGAGCCAUUUUUGAAGGUGCUAAGAGAAGUAUCCGAAGGUAAACCAACUGUUGGUUCGAUAUAUGAACUAAUGACAAGGGCCAAAGAAUCAAUCAGAACAUACUACAUAAUGGAUGAGAACAAAUGCAAGACAUUCUUAGAUAUAGUUGAUAAAAAGUGGAGGGACCAACUUCAUUCCCCUCUACAUGCAGCUGCAGCAUUUUUAAACCCCAGUAUCCAAUAUAAUCCGGAAAUAAAAUUUCUCUCUUCUAUAAAAGAAGACUUCUAUAAUGUUCUGGAGAAAUUACUUCCUGUACCAGAUAUGAGGCGUGACAUAACCAAUCAAAUCUAUACAUUUACAAAGGCACAUGGAAUGUUUGGUUGUAGCCUAGCAAAGGAAGCAAGAAACACAGUUGCACCAUGGCUUUGGUGGGAACAGUAUGGUGACUCUGCUCCCGGCUUGCAACGAGUUGCCAUUAGAAUAUUAAGUCAAGUUUGUAGCACUUUCUCAUUUCAGAGGCAAUGGAGUACCUUUCGGCAAAUCCACUCCGAGAAGAAGAAUAAGAUUGAUAGAGAAAUACUGAAUGACCUUGUUUAUAUAAACUACAAUCUCAAGUUGAAUAGGCAGAUGAAUGCAAAGUCUUUAGAAGUUGAUCUGCUUCAAUCUGAUGAUAUUGACAUGACUUCUGAGUGGGUGGAGGAAAAUGAAACGGCGAGUCCAACUCAGUGGCUGGAUCGUUUUGGUCCAGCUUUGGACGGAAAUGAUUUGAACACAAGACAAUUUGGUUCUUCUAUAUUUGGAGCAAAUGAUCCCAUAUUUGGAUUGUAAUUUUGUAUCCCAUCUUUGUUUACUCAUGUAGCAUAGCAAGUGUUGUUUGUUUCUAGUUGUAGAUCGUGUUUGUACCUUGAUGAGAGAGGUCUCAAAUUUUCCUUUUAGGUUAGAAAGUGUGUAUGUGAAAUUGUUGUAAAGAAAGACCUAUUGUUUAUCACCUUUCUGUAAUGUUAGCCAAUUCCCCCAACAUUGUGGGAGCAUAGGAUCAAUGUAGUAUAUUUUUGUUAGGUUUGAAUACAAACGUUCAACACUUCAAUUUGGUUUGUGAACUACAA